AAAAAGAAGAAGAAAAUAUAACGGAAGAAGAAGAAGAAGAAAAUAUAAUCGAAAAAGAAAAAAGCAUAAUUGAAAAAGAAGAAAUAAUAGAAGAUGAUGAAGUAAUAGAAGAUGAAGAAAUAGAAGAUGAAGUAAUAGAAGAUGAAGUAAUAGAAGAUGAAGUAAUAGAAGAUGAAGUAAUAGAAGAUGAAGUAAUAGAAGAUGAAGUAAUAGAAGAUGAAGAA